AUCUUUUUUUGUUGAUUUCAGUGCUGUUUAGUCGCUUAGUUACUGCAACGCAAAGUGGACGCAGACGCCUAGAAGAUCUUCAGUGUGCGUGUGUGUUUUUCUCUCUUUUUUCGGAGAGUGUGCAAAGAGUGGAAGAACAAAUAGUUCACGAAAUGACUUGUGCAACGUCCACCUUGAAAUUUCUAGCCUUUCUGAUGAAUGUGCUCAGCUGUAUAGCGGGCGCUUUUAUGCUAUCAGCCAGCGCAUACUCCUUAGUGCAAUUCAAUGCCAGUGAUUCGAUUAAAGUGCCCUGCAUUGUGGGCGUGGUUUUGGGCGGUUUGCUCUUCGCCACCACAAUAGUGGGUUGUUGUGGCACGAUACGUGAGUCGCCGCGCACUAUUUUGAUUUAUGCCAUAUUUUUGUUCCUUUUGCUACUCGCACAAAUUGCUGUGAUCUUUUUGUUGCCUAUAAAUUUCCAUAAUCUAGCGGUGGAGACAAUACAGAACGCGUGGAAUCGUCAGAUGAGUGAUGACAGUAUGGAUAACUAUCAAAUUAGGUACGAUUGCUGUGGUAAAACUGGCCCGAAUGAUUACAUCGAUAGCGGUCUCACCAUACCACCAAGUUGUUAUCUCAAUCGUAAACCAUCGAUCCCCAAUGAUCUCUACACUGCCGGCUGUAUUGAUAAGUUGGCGCUGGCCUUCACAAAUGGUUCGCGAAUUGAAGUGAUCAGCGAUUGGACUUUGGUGGGCGUUGAGGGUCUUACAAUUGUUGUCGCAUGUAUUUUGGGCAUUAAUUUCAAAAAUAUGGAAAGGCGACGUUACUAUUAGCAGUAAUGUGACUUUUAACUAAGAUUAUAAUUAUAACUGUACAGUAUUUGAAAUAAGCUAUUUAAAAGUAGUUAAAUUGUUUUCAUGUUUUAAUUAAAUAAACAAUAAAAACCAAAGAUUUGUAACAAAUUUCUGAGAUGU